UCGGCAGCGGAGGAGGCGCGCGGUGGGAGCCGCUCGCGGGGCUGAGGGCGGGAGCGGGGCCCAGGGCGGGAGCGGCGCCGGCAUCGGCCCCUCGCUCGCCUCCAGGCACAGCGCAGAAAUGAUCAUCCCGGUCAGGUGCUUCACGUGCGGCAAGAUAGUGGGGAACAAGUGGGAAGCCUACCUCGGCCUUCUGCAGGCGGAGUACACCGAAGGAGAUGCCCUGGAUGCCCUUGGCUUGAAGAGAUACUGCUGCCGCAGAAUGCUCCUCGCCCAUGUGGAUCUGAUUGAGAAGCUUUUGAAUUAUGCACCCCUGGAGAAAUGAGAUGGAAAAAGCACUGUGCUGCAAGCCAUGUGGAACCUAUCUCUAAUUUAAACUUGAAACUGGACUUCAGGCAGUAAAGAAUGAAUGCCAGCUGUAGUGCAACCAUCAAGAGAUGUUUAUCUUCUGGAUAAAAUGCUGCCCCAAGCCACUAACCUCUUUCAAGGAAACAAAGGAAUGAUGAAGUCCACUUAAACAAGAUUUAGAGAUUAAAAGUUUGGAUGCUUCUUCUUAAAUCAGUAUUUGGAGUUGUGAACUUCUAGAUGCUUCUGCCAGUAAAACCAAAUGUUUGUCCAUGUAGAAAAACUAUUAUAUUUCAUUAAAAUGUUGAAAUAAAGGAGGUUUUUCCCUUGUA